AUGUCGCAACAGAAUCCAGACUCGCGUCCACUUCCCGACGGCUGGGUCUCAGAGUUUUCGCCACAGUACUAUGUGAACACCAAAGAGGUCAAUCCACAGCCCGGAUGGACCCACCCCUUAGAUAUCAAUCAACCUGCUCCAGCAACGGCUACACCAACGGGAGGAGCAGCAGCUGGAGAGCCAACAAACCCCGACACGCGCCCACUUCCCGACGGAUGGAUCCAGCAGUACAAUCCCGAUCACAAGACAUUCUUCUAUGUAAACACCAAGCACGCUGAUCCUGGAAGCACUGUCACCUGGACGCAUCCAGCGGAGACGGCGGCAGGAGGAAUCCCACCGACGAAUCCUCAGAGCCCCGCAACGGCGUCGACGGCACAUACAGCACAAUCCCCUCCUCCUUCAACACACGGAGCUGGAGAUGUUCAUGCGACAGCGCCAACAAAUAACACGGCCGGAGGUGUAGCCUCCACGGGGGUGCCUGGAGGAUACGGAGAGAAUCCAGAUAAACGGCCACUACCGACAGGUUGGAUCUCCAAGUAUGACGAAAACUACAAGGCAUGGUAUUACAUCGAUACAACUAAAUCUGACGGGCCCUCGAGCUGGGAGCAUCCUGCAGACAAACCUGGUGCGGCUUCCCCUCCCGUGCCAGACCACGGUGCUUCGACGGCUGGUACAGGAGGUCAUGUCGCUGCACCUGGAUCCACGACAGGGCCUGCAACGCCAGCGGGAUCAGAGAACCCUGACAAGCGACCUCUUCCGCCUGGAUGGAUCACCCAGUUUGACAAGAAUUACAACACAUGGUACUAUGUCAAUACGGCAGAACACCCCCCUCGUACCGUUUGGGAACAUCCAGCAGGACCAGCGCCUCCCACCCCCCAGCACCAGCAAUCUUCCUACGGUGCGCCAACUUCGACACCAGGAGCCCCUGCUGCUGGCGGGUACAACAAUGACCCUUCCUAUGGUAAUCACGGUGCAGCGGGAAGUGGAGGAGGCAAAGGACUAGAAGGCCUCCUCGGCGGCAGCGCAGGCAAGAUGGUUGGCGGACUCUUUGGUGCCAAGGGACGUGCCCAAAUGGACAGCUUUGCGAACAAGAUUGGCGGUGAAAUCAACAAGUAUAAAACCAGUCACCCGCCUGGUGGUGGUGCUGGCGGUCACGGCGCGCCUCCUGGUGCUCCUGGGCAGCAACCACAUCAAGCGUACGGCGCUCCACCUGGACAAUCUCAACCUUAUGGAGCGCCACCCCCGGCAGGCGCACCUGGACAGCAUGGCUACGGAUCGCCAGCGGGUGCACCGGCUGGAUAUCCAGGCCAACAACCUCAGCAGGGAUAUGGCCAACAACCUGGAUACCCAGGUCAACAAGGAUAUGGACAGCAACAUGGAGCACACGGACCAGGUAGUGGUGGACAUGGAAGUGGCGGGUUUGGAGGCCUACCGAGCAACCUCAACCAACUUGGUUCGCUCGCGGGCAAAUUUGGUUUUGGAAAGAAAUAG